CUCGGCCUGACAGAAACCGUGUUGUGGCUGGAUGGAUCAUCUCCGGCUUUUAGGGCGGGCCCUUUCGGUGCCGCUGCUACAGGGAUACCAAGAUGGAAAUCCAGGGGCUUUCUGAUGCCCAAAACAUCCACUCUCAACAUGGCGCCCUACACAGAACGGCUUCGUCUGCACUUCGGUCAACCGUAGCCUCGUUACCGCAAUUGAUUUCAAUCGAAAAUGAAGCCGCCGGACCGCCGGAACUGCCCGAGCUUCAGAGUGACAGUAACAACAACGCUAGGCCAAAGACGGCGCAGUUUCGCCUGCUGGGGGAAAAUGGCAGCGAGCUCGCUCGUUCUCCCGUCACCAAACACGUCUCAGCGUCCUGCAGCAUCGCGCCCGAAGAUAGAGCGAUUCUGGGACUUCAUAACAUGAUAAACGCGGAAAAGGAAAACGUGUUCAACUCCCUCCUAGGCUCGCACGACUUCAGCCGAACGGAGUGGCGAUAUGAGGAAAACGGUGAGGUAAUGCAAAUGGCGCUGCCUCUGUUGGAGGGGGAGGCGGAAGCGAUGCCGCAGAGGCAGCUGGCGUUGUCUUCUCCGGUUUUACGGCAGCAGCGUGAGGACUGCGCUUUGAAGCAGCCUCCCGGUGACAGCCUCGGAGCUUUUCUUAAUGCUUCGGCGGGAAGCCGGAACCUGGGGAGAAAAACUGACAGACAAACGCAGGAAUUAUACGUUCUGUUUAACACCGACAGAGAGGAUGGAGCAGUCGCCGCGAGCAGAAACCGAGCGGACUGCUCGUGCGACAGCGGAUGUAAAGUGAAGGGUAAGGAAGCGGAGGGCCGCGGCUCCAUGGAGGCUGGCAGCGGCGGGGUCGCCUUCUGUGAGACCGCGGACAUCCUGAGCUGUCCUGACACGCAAACACCGAAGAGGGCAGAGCAUGUUUUCAGUUUAUUAACCGAUAAUCCCGCGGUGCUGAGUGCCAAGACAGCUGGCGACCAUCAUACCGUCGAAGAUGUAGUUUUGACGAACAAAUAUGGCGAUAAGCUCUGUGGGCAGAUCUGUACGGAAAACGGUGACGACAGGCUGCUCAGUGGCCGACCAGACCACGACGCGGCGCUGACCUCCGGGGCGGUGGAGGCUAUGGAGAAACCAGCCUACGGCUCCGAGACAGCGGGACUGCAGGACGGUUCACACCCGGUCACUUCCUCCAGCAGUCCGCCUGCCGCGGAGACCUUUUCCGGGACCAUUACAAUAAACAACCAAAGCAUAAUUGUCACUAUUGAGAAUGGGGUACUGACUCUGGCGGCCCCACCAGAGGGGUAUGUCCACAAAGAGGAUGACAUGGUGAGCUUAAAGGAACAUCUAGGCAUGAAAGACCAUGAGGAUAUAGUUCUUCUCAAUUAUGACAGUGGUACUAAAUCGAUCGGGAAGAUCAGCACCCUGGCAGUAGCCAGCUCCAGUCAGCAGGAAGAGCCCAGACCUGGUGUGUCUGUCAGUGACUCCGAGCUGGCCUUGGUGGAUGACUGCUCCUUGUCAGAACUGGGCACCUCACUGGACGCCUGUUCUGUUGUGAAACAGGAAGCCGGAGUGCUGUGUGCUGUGACAGAGGCCGACCUGAUUGUGCCAUCGCCAAAAGGCCCCGUUGGGGGGUGUAGCAAUGAAGACCUGAACUCCUUAUCCCUGAUCAGAUCAAAAAAGGACACUGUGGCCACCUUCGCCUGCCCGGAACCCGGCUGCUUUUCCGCGUUUGACUCUCGCCAGAAGCUGAAGGUCCACCUGCUGUACCACGCGGAGGAGCCACGGCCGUACCAGUGCAAAGUGGAGGGCUGCGGCUGGGCCUUUGCCACCUCCUACAAGCUGAAGCGCCACCUCCAGUCCCACGACAAGCAGCGUCCGCACACCUGCGAGUUCGAAGGCUGCGGCAGGAGGUUCACCACGGUCUACAACCUGAAGGCUCAUGUCAAAGUCCACGAGCAGGACCACGCCUUCGCCUGCGAGGUGUGCAACGAGAAGUUCCGCAGUGCCACUCGCCUCGCCAAUCACCAGAGGGUCCACUUUUCACCACAGAGGCCCCACAAGUGUGAAUUCCCAGGCUGUGAGAAAACCUUCAUCACCUUCAGUGCCCUCUUCUCACACAAUCGCACUCACUUCAGAGAAACGGGCCAGUUCAGCUGCACCUACCCAGGCUGCGACAAGACCUACGAUAAGGCCUGCCGCCUGAAAAUUCACAUGAGGAGUCACACAGGUGAAAGGCCCUUUGUGUGCGACUCGGAGGGCUGCGGUUGGUCAUUCACCAGCAUGUCCAAGCUGCUCCGUCACAAACGGAAACAUGACGAUGACCGUCGAUUUGUCUGUCCGGAGGAGGGCUGUGGGAAGUCUUUCACCAGAGCUGAGCACCUGAAGGGCCACAGCAUCACCCACCUGGGCACCAAACCCUUUCAGUGCCACGCAGAAGGCUGCUACGCCAAGUUUUCAGCCCGCAGCAGCUUAUACAUCCACUCUAAGAAGCAUAAACAAGACGCCAGCACCCUGAGGACCCGCUGUCCGGUGGCCAACUGUUCCAAGCACUUCUCCUCCCGCAGCAACCUGAAGAGCCACAUGCUCAAACACCACCACCUCAGCCCCGAUGUUCUAUGCCAGAUGGAGACCACACCCACCCUGACUCCCAGCAGUGAACUCAUCAGCUCCACCCCGUCGUCAGUAGCUGGUGCUGGCGUUGGCGGGGCGGAGCAGCUGUCCAGCCUGGACCUCAGCUCCCUGUUCUCCUCGGUCCCCGGCGGCGCUGCGCCCACCGCCGGCAUCGAGGUGGGGAUCCCUGUGGCUGGAGGCGCCUCCAAUGGCUCCUUCACCAUGGACCUGUCCCUGGUCAGCUCAGGGAUCCUUACCAUCGACCCGUCAUCAGUGGGCACCACACUUGUCGCCAGCGCCGGUACCACAUUGGCCAAGCCAUUGGAACCACUCGUCAUGGUGACCGGUGCCGACUUGGCCCACCAGCAUGGACUGGAGGGGACCGUGGGGGAUGUCCUCCCUCCCCAAGGCACUCUCAACCUAGACGACGUUCAGUCGGUCACCCCAGAGGCUCUGGGCACCCUCGCCGCCCUGAGCAUGCAGGGCGCCGCCGUGGACCCGGCCCUGCAGCACCCCCUCGGCUCCACUGGUGGGCUCGGGGUGGAGUCCGCCGCUGGCUUGGCGGUGGCCCCCGUGUCUGAGCUCCUGGCUUCACCCUCCAAGGUGGCAGAGGUUGGAGCGCAAGGAGGCGUGGGCCACCUGCUGGGCUGCGUGGAGGUUCUGGGCCCUCAGGAAGCAGGGAAAGUCGUCACUUCUCAGUUUAUUUUCCCCGGUUCCGGCGGCAGCGGCUUCAGCCCCCAGAAGGAGUUGGACCUGGCCGUGUCACCCAGCAGCUUCCUGGACAGUGGCGGUUCUGCCCGGACAGACUACAGAGCCAUCCAGCUUGCCAAGAAGAAGAAGCAGAGGGGUUCUUCAGCCGGCGCUGGAACUUCAGGCUCAUGCCAGAGGAAAACUAAAGCAUCAAAGGUUGCUGUGGCAACCGUACCCCUCACUUCGUCUGGCACUCGUUACGGUGACGGCGCUGUAGCAGCCGGUGGGGGUCUGACCCUGCGGGACCCGGUCACAGGGACUCAGUAUGUCCAGAUUCAGCUGCUGCAGGACGAUCCAGCCAGUGAUGGUGACCUGGCCUUCCAGCUGAGCUCCCAGCCGUCCACCUCCGACUCUCAGCUCACCGUCGACUUACCUGUCAACAUUUUACAGGAACCCUCGGUGAUGACGGAAGAGGACAACGGCUCUGAUAAUUCCCAGUUCACAGGAAGCACCAUCAACCUCCAGGACCUGGAAUAACGCCGGACCCCGCUUACGUCCGCCAGAGACUUAUAAACCGUCGCCUCGGACUGUGAAAGCCUUAUUUGGAUUUGCGCUCCAUGUGUCCCACCUGAUCGGUCGGAGAUGUUUCCACGAGACGAAGCACCUUUAGAUGAAAGACGAGGUUUCUGUGUCUUUUUUUGUAAAGUCUAGUUUGUACCAAAAUGAGAAGCUGGCAGAGCCGUCGCGUCGAUCAUCAGAGGUUCCUCCAGUUUGGGUGUUUAUUCCAGAAGUGCCAAAUCAGCGCUCAUGCACACACACUGCCUUACAGACGCCUUCACCUGCAGCAGAUUUAUCUGCUUUCUUCCUUUUACUUCUGUUUCUGUGUUUGGAUUUGUUUUUGCCAUGACAUCAGCGGCCUGUCCAUGUGUUUUAUGUAAAGUGUGACGAGAUUUUAUGCCUUCUUGGAAUAACUUAGUUUUUUAUUUAUUAAUAUGAUUGGGUUUACAGAGUGGCUGAGCCAAACCCCGAUGGAUUAAAGAAUCAAAGCACAAUCUAA